AUGCAAUUUCUCCCACCUCAUUUAUCAAAUGAAAUCAUUAUCAACAUUCAAACAGUUGAUGUUUUGAAAAGAGUUUAUCUAUCUAACAAAGAUUACAUUCAAAUAGACAAAAUGUUUAACUCUGCAUGGAAAAAAUUCGUAAAUAAUAAAUUCUUACAUGGAAAAGCUAGCGAUGAUAUGCUUUCUGACGGACAAAACUGGUACGACUAUUAUUGCAUGCUUGAAAAAAAGAAAGAAGAAGAAUUGGAACAAACUCGUGCAAGACCCGUGGAAAAAGUCAAAAAAGAAAGUAAAAUUGUGGAUGGAACAGCUCGUGCACAUGGGCAUUACGUUUCGUCCAAAAGUACUACAAUUACAGAGAAAAAUCCACAUCUUCGUGAAUUGUAUAGGAAAAUGCAAAAAUACAACAUAAAGUAA